AUGGAUACUUAUAAAUUAAUAUGUAUGUUCGUGAUAGUGUCUCAGACGGCGGCUCUACUGACAUCACCGCCUCGGAUUGUGAAGCAGCCUACAGUUGAGGAGCUGUUGUUCCAAGUAGCACAACCCGGAGAAGUAGACAAACCCUUCAUAAUUGAAUGUGAAGCAGAAGGCGAGCCAGCUCCCAAGUAUAGAUGGAUUAAGAACGGCAAACCUUUCGAAUACUCGAGCUACGACAACCGAAUCUCCCAGCAGCCCGGCCGCGGUACUCUUGUGGUCAGCCAGCCGCGAGACGAAGACCUCGGCCAGUACCAAUGUUUCGCCUACAACGAGUGGGGCACAGCCACGUCGAACUCCGUCUUUGUGCGGAAGGCUGAGCUCAACUCGUUCAAAGAGGCGGAUGGCCCUCAGCAGACAAUCACCGCGCAAGAGGGGUUCCCGUUCAAACUCACCUGUGAACCGCCCGAUGGUCACCCUAGCCCGAACGUAUACUGGAUGUUGCAAGGCGAUCAGGGACAACUGAAGACCAUAAAUAACUCCCGCAUGACGCUAGAUCCCGAAGGGAACUUGUGGUUCUCGAACGUAACUCGAUACGACGCUAGUAACGACUACGCGUACACUUGCGCCGCCAAGUCGGUGUUCCGUAAUGAGUACAAGCUGGGCAAUAAGGUGUAUUUGGAAGUGCAGAACACGGGCAUAUCACCGGCGCUGAACAAGCACGAGCCGGUCCGUCAGUACACUUCCAGGAGGGUGGAGAAAGCAUGGCGAGGCAAGAAGGUCGAGCUCUACUGCAUCUAUGGUGGAACACCGCUGCCGCAAAUUGUAUGGAAGAAGAACGGCAGCCGCAUCAUAUCGUCGCAGCGCAUCACGCAGGACAACUACGGCAAAACGCUGGUGAUCAAGCGCGCCGGCUACGAGGACCAGGGCACCUACACCUGCGAAGUCAGCAACGGCGUCGGUACAGCCCAGACAUACUCCAUACAGCUCAACGUUGAGGCCGCACCGUUCUUCAUCGAGGAGCCGCAGUUCCAGAACCUCGCGGAAGGAGAGACCGCGGUGAUUAACUGUCGCGCCGGCGGUACACCGGAGCCUCAGAUAUCGUGGGUUCAUAACGGAAAGCCCAUAGAGCAGGCCGAGCCCAAUCCUAGGCGACAAGUCACCUCCAACUCUAUCAUCAUCACCGACCUUGUGAAGAAGGACACGGGCAACUACGGUUGUAACGCGACCAAUUCCAACGGAUACGUGUACAAGGACGUCUAUAUAAACGUGCAAUCUAUACCACCCGAAAUUAAAGAAGGUCCGGAAAACCUUACGAAAGUGGACGGUUCCGAAGCUGUAUUGAAAUGCCGUGUUUUCGGAGCUCCCAAACCUAUCGUUAAGUGGAUGCGGGACGAUGUUGAUGUUACCGGUGGCAAGUACAACAUAACUCCGGAGGGCGACCUGGUAAUACGCGACGUGUCCUACACCGACGUUGGCACCUACGAGUGUUACGCCAAGAAUAAGUUCGGGGAGAAGUCUGCGUUUGGCUCGCUCGACGUCAAGAAGCGCACGGUGAUCACGGACAAGCCGGACAACUACGAGGUGGCGGCGGGCUCGUCGGCCACGUUCCGCUGCAACGCGCACGCCGACGACUCGCUGCGGCUGCAGAUCGUGUGGCUGAGCGGCGGCCAGCCCAUCGACUUCGACAGCCAGCCGCGCUUCCGCGUCACCAACGACCACUCGCUGCUCAUCUCCGACACCAGCGAGCUGGACUCCGGCGAGUACACCUGCAUCGCGCGCACGCAGAUCGACGAGGCGCGCGCGCAGGCCACGCUCACAGUGCAGGACAAGCCGAACCCACCCGCACUUGACGGCGUUGAGUGCCACGAGAAAGUAGCAACACUUCGCUGGCACUCCAUGGGAGACAACCGAGCGCCUAUCCUUCGCUUCUCUAUACAAUACAAUACAACGUUCACGCCCGACUCCUGGGAUAUAGCCAGCGACAAUGUGCCCGCCAUUGACACGUCGUGGACUGUUGAACUAAGUCCUUGGGCCAACUACACCUUCAGGGUCAUCGCUUGGAACAAGAUCGGGCCCUCUACGCCAUCAUCCCACUCUGACGUUUGCACGACCCAGCCCGAUGUCCCAUAUAAGAACCCGGACAAUGUAGAAGGCAAGGGACGCGAUCCCACAAACAUGGUUAUUUCUUGGACGAAAAUGCCGCAAAUCGAGCACAACGGGCCCGGGUUCUACUACCUGGUGUCGUGGCGGCGCAACAUCUCGGGGCAGGCGUGGAGCGAGCAGCAGGUGCCCGACUGGCGCGACACCGAGCUCGUCGUGCCCAACACGCCCACCUUCCAGCCCUACCGCAUCAAGGUUAUCGCCGUUAACUCUAAAGGAACUUCAAAUGUAGCUCCUGUUGAGGUUAUUGGUUGGUCUGGAGAGGACACCCCGUUACAAGCGCCUACCAACUUCACCCUCGUCCAGGUUACUACAGGCACCACCGCACUUCUAAGAUGGGAUCCAGUUCCACCUGAAUCUGUGCGUGGACACUUCAAAGGCUACAAGAUUCAGACCUGGACUGAUGGAGAAGAGGACAGCAUCAAAGAAAUUCUCGUUAAAGCUGACGCAUCAAGUGCUCUGGUUUCUAAAUUUAGACCUUUCAAGAAGAACAAUGCAAGAAUUUUAGUUUACAACGGUCGUUACAACGGACCGCCAAGUGAAAUUUUAAGCUUCCUAACUCCGGAAGGCAAACCUGGUACCGUAAAAACCUUCGAAGCCUACCCCAUUGGUUCGUCGGCUAUGCUUCUCAAAUGGGACAAGCCGAUUGAGGAAAACGGUGUAUUGACUGGCUACAAGAUAUACUACCAGAAAGUAACAGGCACUGCACUAGGACCCUUGCAAGAGAGAAAGAAGGAAAUAGAUCCAAAAUUCGAUAGAGCAAAAUUGGCCGGCUUAGAACCAAACACCAAGUAUAGAAUCGAGAUUCGUGCAAAGACCAAAGCGGGUGAAGGAGACAAGUAUUACGUGGAACAAACUACCAAGGCCAUGGUGAACGCUAAGCCUGAUAUACCAGUGUUCGAAACCAUGACGGUACCAGCUAAGGAAGGCACUGCCCACAUACUCGUACGUUGGUUACCAUCGCUGGAUGGUCAUCCUGGAACACAUUUCGUUGCUUGGUACAAACUGAAGGGUCAUCCUGAAUGGUUGAAGACUAAUGAAAUAACUGAGGACGACUAUGUCAUACUGACAGGACUUGAGCCAGGUCAGGUUUACGAGGUAAAGGUGACCGCGCACGAUGGUGAAUACUUCAGUACAAGUGAAAUUAAGGAUGUUGAUACCACAAUUGACGGGCCGAUGAUAAUGCGUGACGACAAAAUGGCGACGGCGGGAUGGUUCAUCGGCGUGAUGCUGGCGCUGGCGUUCCUGCUGCUGGUGCUGGUGCUGGUGUGCGUGGCGCGCCGCAACCGCGGCGGCAAGUACGACGUGCACGACCGCGAGCUGGCGCACGGCCGCCGCGACUACCCCGACGCCGGCUUCCACGAGUACACGCACCCACUUGACAACAAAUCACGGCAUUCGAUGAGCAGUGGCACAAAACCGGGCCCAGAGAGCGACACCGACUCUAUGGCGGAGUACGGUGAAGGCGAAACAGGUCGGUUCACGGAAGACGGGUCGUUCAUCGGGCAGUACGUGCCGGGCGCCCGCGUGCUGCCGCCGCCCCCCGCGCCCCCCGGCCCGCCAGCGCCCCCCGCGCCCGCCGGGCCCCCCGGGCUGCCCGGCCCGCAGCCCCCCACCUACGUGUAG